CCCUCGCCGCAGCGGAUCACCGGCGUGCCCCACCAUGUCAGAGGCGGCCGUGGACACCAGCUCUGAGAUCACCACCAAGGACUUGAAGGAGAAGAAGGAAGUUGUGGAGGAGGCAGAGAAUGGAAGAGACGCACCUGCCAAUGGCAAUGCUAAUGAGGAAAAUGGGGAGCAGGAGUCCGACAAUGAAGUAGAUGAAGAAGAGGAAGAAGGUGGGGAGGAAGAGGAGGAGGAGGAAGAAGGUGACGGUGAGGAAGAGGAUGGAGAUGAAGAUGAGGAAGCUGAGGCUCCUACGGGCAAGCCGGUAGCUGAAGAAGAUGAGGAUGAUGAUGUUGACACCAAGAAGCAGAAGACUGACGAGGAUGACUAGACAGCAAAGGAAAAGCUAAACUAAGGCCGCCGUGACCUGUUCACCCUCCACUUCCCGUCUCAGAAUUUAAACGUGGUCACCUUCGAGUAGAGG